AUGCACUGCAGUCCUUCCCCCUCCACACAUCGCGAGUCUUGCCCUCAGCGAGCUAUCGUACCACAGACACAGACAAGCAAGUGGCAGAGAAGAGCAAGUCACGUGACACAAAACAGCCCACAAGUCUUGCAACCACCAUACAUGUCUCCGACAUUGCGUUCGUACCUGCUUUCGAUCCCGCCCUAUUCAACAGUCGGCUAUGGAGGGCCUCGAGCUCAACUCGCCAAGCAGUGGACACAGGAAGGUGGCCAUUUAUCUGCUUCCGAGUACCGACAUUUGCAGUCGAUCAAAAUCGUCUUUCUCAGCAAGUGCACGCCAAUGAAUCCAAAACUUGGCGAUCCUCCAAUCACUCACUUGUACCUGCCGUCACUAUGUAACGAUGCUCUGCUACCAAUAGACGCUCAUUUGAUCAACCAGCGUCUUUACUCACUUCUGGCGUUUCAGAAAAGCCCUGCCAUUGAUAUCCAUGUGCCUGGAGCCGACCUAGAUCACGUGAUACCUAUUCUCGCCACGGAGAAGGAACAGGGCAUGACCAACUUGAGACAGGUCUUUGAGAGAUGGACAAGAGUGAGACAUAGCCAGGUGGAGAUUCCCAGCUCACCGGAAUUUGGAGGAGAUAGUGGAUUUCCACAUGACUUACCUAGUUCUCCACCGGACAUGUGA